AGCAGACCACUUUGAACAUUUAUCUGGUGCUAUUUGCAAAACAAAAGACAUGUGAUUCAGUUUCCGUAACACUCAUCCAAUAAAGAGCACUUGUAAAAAGUAAAACCAGAAAAGUAAAAAGAAAGAGACUUUCUUUGUCCUAGAAAUGACAAGGGCAGACGUGGCAACUGAACUCUUUCUGUCAAGCGUACUAAAAUGCUAAAUAUCUUUCAUGUCAGGUUAUAACCCAAAUAACAGUAUUGUAGAUGUUCUCAAACCUAAAAUUGUCUGAAAUGAAAAAAAUACAAUGGUUUGUCAACGGAGGAAUUCACCAGAAAUAAAUGUUCUGUUUACAAGAAGAGAUGCAUUUUGUUGUUAAUUUUCUUUUGAUUUUUUCAGGGAAAUGCUUAGCAGACUGAUCAUUUUAUUUUAUAUAUCCCCUGAAAAUGCAUUGAUUGCAAUGCCAUCGUUUCACAUUUUGGCAUUUGACAUUUGAAAAUCUCCCUCACGAGUUUGAAAGACUGCCCUCUCUCUCUGUCCAAACAGUCUUAAAGACAUCAACCCCAUCGUGGCUAAGGUGUCAGUGAACUGCCCUUGACUCAUUGUGACGGAUUUCUUUCCAAACAAGUCGUUGGGGUUCCCGAAACAGUAAAGCGUUUGCCAUGCCCUUUAAAAACCCAUACAGACAAAAGAGUGAGAUAAAACGAAACACCGCCCCUGUACCUCCAUUCCCUUUGCAUGACAAACAGACUCCUUGUCGACCAAAGCACUGAAAUGUACAGUGCACCGUCUGCGAAGUGGGUUGCCAGUAGUAGUUUUUUUUUUCGGCUUUUGCCUGAAAUCUAGUUGGUCGGUGUAACCUUGGACUCCCCCCAACUUGUACUAUUCUUGUGUGGAAUCUCAUUGUUGGUGUGGACAUCAUUCAAGCUGGUGUUCCAAAGCAACUGGAGGUUCCCACUUCAUUAGAGAGUGUUUCGGAGGGCUGGAGAGAGAGUGCAAGCACUACGUCUGGCUCUGACAGCUAGCCGAGGUGAUAACCGAGAAGAAUUGGUGGAAAGGGCUGAAGACCGAACUAAAUUUCAGAAGAAAGAAAAAAAAGGAAAGGCUUUAAGGAUGACACCUGCUACACUGGCACUGACAUGGUCUUUGCUCUCAAUAUGGACCGUAACUUCUGCUGUGCAGAUUGAAGAAGAAGAACUCAAUGAGACAGUCAUUUGCACCAAAGAUCAGAUGCAAGUUAUCAUUCCCAGUGUGUUUUUUCUGAACAAGGAGCCACCUGUUUCUGUUUGGGAUUUGCACUUGAAUGAUCCUGACUGUCGAGGGGUUGAGGUUGGGAACGACUAUGUCUUCAGCAUCAAGACAAACCUCACAGACUGCGGCACCAUUAUGGCAUCAGAUGAUACUCAUAUCAUGUUCACCAACUCGAUCCGCAAUAAUGAAACCGAUAUCAUCACCAGAAGCUACAUCAACAUCACAUUUGGGUGUCGAUACCCACUAAACUACAUGGUUCAGCAGGAAAACGGGGAGAAUCUGAUCAGAGUGGAUGUGAGGACAAUCACUCUGAACACAGAGGAUGGAAAUUUCUCGGUCUCCAUGCUGCUGUAUAAAGACGAAGCGUUUCAGGAUAAAUGGACCACUGUUCCUUCUCUCACACUUGAGGACAACAUCUAUGUCAAAGUUUACAUGAUUCCAGCCAAUCUGUUUCUGAGAGUGGAGAGAUGUUGGGCCACACCGACCAAUGACCCUUACAGCAACAUUCAGUACACCUUCAUCAGGGACAGUUGUCCAGUGUUGUGGAAUGACCAGACACUAGCUGUGAUGAAGAACGGUCAAGGACCAGAAGCUCUGUUCAGGAUACAGAUGUUCAAGUUUGUUGGCAGCUCCUACACAGAUGUUUUCCUGCAUUGCAAUGUCCAGAUCUGUCAUAACACAGGAGGAGUGUGCCGGCCUAACUGCUCUGCCGAAGAUGCAUCCGUACGGACACGCAGGGAUGUUGCAUCGUCUCACACAGUCUCGUUUGGACCAAUCAGAAGACUCAAAACUAACAUGGAGAAUACGAAUCUGAGUUCAGAUUUGCCCCCUGUGGAAACCUUUGUGUUGGGUGGUCUGCUGUUCAUCCUGAUUGUCAUCACAGGAGUUUUUGGGAAACUCUGGCUCCAGAGCAGAAACUCGUAUCCGACCCAAGAGGCCCAGCUCACUCUCUCCAACAUCCACCACAUCUCAGAGGUGGCCAGCUAACUUGAGAUCUCAUAUACACACAGUGUUCUGUGAAUUGUUCAGUUUGACAAUUUUGUCUGCUAACCUGUAGUGCAUUUUUUUUUUAGCUGUUCUUUUUGUCUUUUAUUGUGAAAUAAAUAAAAAAGCUUUUUGAAUUCCUAAAAGCUUGCUUAAUAUACUGUUCAAAAUUAAUCAUCAAACAUGAUUAUUGUUUAUGUUUUGACAUAUGUGACCCUGGAACACCAGUCAUAAGGGUGUCAAAGUUUUCCAUUGAUGUAUGGUUUGUUAGUAUAGGACAACAUUUGGCCAAGAUACUAUUUGAAAAUCUUGAAUCUGAGGGUGCUAAAGUUGUCCAAAUGAAACCUGUAUGAAAACACCUGUGUGAACAUUAGGAGAACUGACUCCAUCCAUCAACUAAACAUCACCAUCUGCUGAUUCAAAGACAUUGUGCAAAAAAGACAUAGAACAGAAGGGAAAUCUUUGGUCUAGACUCUAGGCCAUGGUUCAAUAUAUUAUUAUUUAUGCAUUUUAAAGUAUCACUUAAGUUUACAAAUAAAUUUUUGGGGUCACUGUACAACAACAUUGUUUUAUCUGACCACAGUUCUUAGCUUAAAAACCGAAGAGUAAAGUUGAUAUUUGUAUAAUAACUCAUUACCAUUGUUAGGCUAACCAUGUUCAUUAGUUAUUUAAUGAUUUCAAUAAAGCAAACAAUAGUAUUUGAUAUGACGAAUAGUAGCCUGAACACAUUUAAUACCAUCCAUAGUUGCAUGAAUGAAUAUCUAGGGCAGGUUUUAAAUGUCUCCCCAUACAUUUAACAAUAUCAACACUCAUAAUGAGAAUAAAUUUUUAUGAUGAGAUUAAUUUUGCCAAAUGUAUUGAAACAAAUCUACUGAUAUCAACAGGUUUCCAUGAAGAUUUGUGUAAAUAUUAUUUCAAAUACCACUCCAAAAUACUAAUUAAUCAGUAUGGCAUUGUCA